AUGGCCUCUCAUACUAUAAACGGGCUUUCCGUGAAGCCCAUUCUCGGUGAUUUCGGUGCAGAAGUAUCGGGAGUCGAUUGGACUCAAGUUCCGCUUCCAGAAGAUCUCAUAAGAACCUUAAUCCGCAUACAAGAUAAAUAUGCAGUCCUUAUCUUCCGAGACACAGGCCUUGACAACGAACGACACGUCGCCUUUUCAGCGCAACUAGGGCGUCUGGAGGUGAACCCCGCCUGGGGAGGGAGCGAGAGAGUCGGGACUCCGUAUCUGUUCGACGUCAGCAAUAUUGAAUCGGAUGGAUCUUUAGUGAAGAAGGAUACAAGACGAUGGCACCACGCGCUAGGUAACGCAUUAUGGCACACCGAUUCUUCAUUCAACCAACACCGCUCAAAAUACUCCCUGCUGCUCGCCCACGCCGUCCCGGGCACUGGUCAAGGCAACACCGAAUUCGCCGACACGCGACGCGCGUGGAAAGACAUCCCAGCCGUCGAGAAGCCAAAGUUGCGCGGGUUGGUCGUUGAGCAUGAGCUCUGGCACUCACGCAAACUGGCCUCGCCUGAGGAAUACGAAGAACUGACAUCCGAAGAACGGAAUGUAAAACCUCCUUCUUACCACAGGUUAGUCCAGCAAGGAUCUAGUGGACACGAGACGUUCUUCCUCGCCGCGCAUGCCAAAGCGCUGUUUGACGACGAUGGGAAGCGGCUUGCGGACAGCCAGAAGAUGGUUUGGGAUCUCAUUGCUCAUUGUACACAAACCAAGUAUACUUUCACGGCUGAGUGGAUAUCUGCUGGCACGCUGAUGUGGUGGGAUAAUCGGCAGUCCAUGCACCGCGCAAGUCCGUAUACAGAGAAGAUGGGAGCUAGGGACCUUAGACGCUCGACUGUGAUUGAUGAUGGCCCGUUUGCAUUCGGAAUGCCACCGAAAAACUGCAAGUCUAGUAAUUGA